AUAAAAUAUAAAUUGUUAUGAACGAGGCCACUCUAGAUGUUGAUCAGAUGCUACAUCGAUUAUAAAAUAAUCGAUAAUUCAUUCGUGCACUUCCGACAAUUUUUCACUACUUGUGCGGAGAUUUUUCCUGAAAUAUUUAAGUGAAAAUUGCUGAAACGCAAUUCUACUCCUUUGGAUAUAAAUAUCUACACGAAAGAUAGAAUCUAAACAUUUACGAUAAUUGAUUAGUUCUAAGCAAGAAAUUUCUCAAACUGGUGGCGAGUAUUCGUUGUCAAGUUUUUAAGAUUAACUUUUCAGGUUUUCUUGAUUCUUAAUAGUAGCAUAUAAUGGCUAAUAAUAAUUAUGCUGGGUUUAGUUAUGGCGGAACUCAAUACAGUGCAGGAGGAGCCGGAUACAAUCCAGGACAGGUAUCUUAUCCAGCUGUAACAAAUGCCACUUAUGCUAACGCUGCUGCGUAUCAGUCUGCUGCUGCUGCUGGUCAGGGUGGUUAUGCAGCUGCUGGCGCUUCGGGAGCUGGCGGCUAUGCAGGUUACGGCGACUACGGUCGUACACUUCCUGCAUAUGACGCAUCGAAAACAUUUUAUCAACAAGCGUCAGCUAGCUACAACACGGUACCAGCAGCUACAGUCAGUAAGACGCAUUAUUCGGCUCCACCAGUUAAAAAUAUAAAUGCUGGUUCAAAAGCCACUGGUGUUAAAGAUAAAACAAAUGGAGCUGCUAAAACAGCAGCCACUCCAGCAGCUACUACUGCUACGGCUGUUAAUGCGUACAGUAAUUACGAGUCUGCUCUUUAUAGUGCAGCUUCGAUGUAUGUUGCUCAACAGCAACAUCAAACCGGCGGUGUAAAACCGAAUGCAAAUGGUGCUCCAGCCAACAGUUGGCAGUAUAGAGCUCCAAAAGGUGCUGCAACUGGAGGAGCAAAUGCAUCACGCCCACGCAUCAAACUUCCACCGCGGCCGCAACAACUACAUUACUGUGAAGUAUGCAAGAUCUCAUGUGCGGGACCUCAAACUUAUCGUGAACAUUUGGAAGGUCAAAAACACAAAAAGCGGGAGGCAUCUUUGAAAAUGCAGGCCUCAGCCCAAACUGCAGCUCAAAAUCGUGGCAAUAAUUAUCAUUGUGAGCUUUGUGAUGUUACGUGCACUGGAACCGAUGCCUAUGCCGCCCAUGUACGUGGCGCUAAACAUCAAAAAGUGGUUAAACUUCAUCAGAAACUUGGCAAACCGAUUCCGCCAGAUGAGCCAAAGAAGUUGUCAAAAAUUAAUUUCGUCCCAGCCAGUGGCUCCACUGAAAAUACAGAGAACGUUGAAGGCGAAAAUACCAGUGUCAACGAAAACGAUAAUCAAGAUGAUAGUGUUGCAUCCGGAGAAAACACUGACAAUAUCAAACCAGUUGGCGGCGAGUACAUUGAAGAAAUUAAGGACGAUGAAGGGAAGAUACUUAGUUUCAAUUGUAAACUGUGUGAUUGUAAAUUUAACGACCCAAAUGCAAAAGAGAUGCACAUGAAAGGCCGCAGACAUCGCCUACAAUAUAAACGGAAAGUCCAACCAGAUCUGGUGGUCGACUUUAAGCCCACUCCACGUCAAAGACGACUAGCCGAAGCACGUGCCCAGCGUGCUCUUAUGCAAUCGCACCGAGGUGGCAAUGUUGGCUUCGGUGAUGAACAUGAGAAUAGUGGCGGAAUGUAUUGGGAUGAACAACGUCGCCGGGCACAGUACGAUGACGAAUACGAUUACAGCAACUGGUUGGCACGUAGCUUUGCUGGUGCUCAACGUGGAUUUGGAGGUCGCAUGGGCAAUGGUCCACCACCAUUCUUUGGAAUGAUGCCGGGUGGGGGAGGAAGCAUACGUCGUCCUGAAAGCACCGACGAUCGUCAUGCAAUUGCCCGCCACGCAGAGAUUUAUCCUAAAGAGGAAGAGUUGCAAACCAUCCAACGCAUCGUAUCACACACUGAACGUGCUCUUAAAUUUGUCUCAGAUAAACUUGCCGAGAAUUCAGAUGAAAAGGGCGCAGCUAAUAAAAAGGAGAAACUGGAGAGUACUCAAGUGAAGGACGGGCGCGAUAAUCAAAUGUUAUCAUUCCAAAAGGAGGCUGAUAGUGGAAAUGUACGCAUUCUUAAGGGUGUAAUGCGAGUCGGAUUUUUGGCCAAAGGGCUUUUAUUACAGGGUGAUAAUGCAGUUGAAUUGGUAGUUUUAUGUUCUGAGAAGCCAACUGUUGGAUUACUAAAACGUGUUGCCGUUGAAUUACCAUCCAAAUUAAAGGAAGUGGCAGGCGAUAAUCCUGUUGAAUAUGUUGUUGAAGUUGUGGCUCAAGACUCGGCUGUAAUUGUGCGUGAUGACGUAGUGUCCGUUAAGAUUUCACUUACGUCGCCCUUACUGCGCGAAGCUUCUCAAGAAGGCAAAAAUGAUGCGGCUAACGUUAAUGGAGGAACAGGAGAUCUCGCACUACUGCCGCGCGAACCGUGUCUCAGGGCUUUAGCUGAACUGCGUCACGCCAAGUGGUUCCAAGCCCGUGCCACGGGCCUUCAAUCGUGUGUAAUGGUAAUACGCAUAUUGAGAGAUCUUUGUCAACGCAUUCAGUCGUGGCAGGCAUUGCCACAGUGGUCCCUAGAAUUAUUAGUUGAAAAAGUGAUCUCAUCGGCUGGUUUCCCAAUAUCUCCAGGUGAUUGUCUUCGUCGUAUAAUGGAGGCCUUGGCUUCUGGAUUUCUUAUUAAUGGGCCAGGACUUUUAGACCCAUGCGAAAAGGAAGCUCAAGAUGCUUUGCAUGAUUUGACAAAACAGCAACGCGAAGAUCUAACCGUGUCAGCACAAUUGUUUUUACGUUAUAUUGCAUUCAGGCAAAUUUACAAAGUUCUUGGCAUGGAGCAAUUACCGGCAUUGAAGUUUCCUAUACGACCAUGGCGUUUAAACCGUAAACGCCGCCGUUCAUCAGGUAAAGGUGGGCCUGGUGGUGAAGCCGACGUGGCUGAAGGCGAUGAAAGCUGUACAGAUGAGAAAGUAUCUAAAAAAGACCUUACAGCUUAAUCUCUUAAUAACACAAAUACCACGUUUGUAGUUUUAAAUUUCAAUUAACAUCUCUCACAUAUUAAAAAUAUAUAAAUGUUUAAAAAGUGGAAAAAUUGAAAACUGAUCACUGGACCACUUCUCUUUAUCCACAUAAUAUAGAAAAAAAAUAAUAAUCUGAAAAUAACUUAUAACAUGCCGUGUUUACAAAUAAUUUUGAAUUAAAAAUGUAAACACUAUUUCAAUUAUGAUCAAUAAAUGAUAUCACAACAAAUAA